AUGCUGGAAGAUGGCUUCCGCAUGACCCGAUCUCACAAGGCCAACGACCGUGACCAUAAGGGUAUUGCCGAGGGAACCGCGCUCCCCACGGAAAAUGUUCCUCGUUUCUUUGGCAAGAACGGUUUUGCCGAUGUCGACCCAAAGAAGGUGAAGAAAGACGGCUCUGGUCGAGGCAACUGGGGAACCGUCAGCGACGACAUCGCUGACGAACAAUUCACCUUCACAAACACUAGACGCCGCUCCAACAGCAGCAGCUUCUCUCACCACGUGAGCGACCUCAAGACCAAGUUUGAGGUCAACGAGCCCGAGCCGGUCUUUGAGGAGUCACUUCACGGCCCCGAGGAAGAAGACCACGAGGAUCUCUCGAAGACCGACUCUUCCGAGAGCGGUCGGUCCUCAUCCUAA